UCAAUUGAACACAGUGAAGUUAACGCCCGUUCAUGCUGCUGGAGAAGAGAAAGGAAGAAAGGCACCACGGCCACAGUGACUCUUCCACCGCGACAACUGAACUAUCUGCUGCAAUGUGUCUGCGUCUGGCACCAGGCGACAGAUCUGCUGUGUGACUGAGUGUUUCCUGCUCCUGCUCCUGCUCCUGCUCCUGCUCCUGCUCGGCCCGGAGUCUGCGGCACUGAAGCCCUAAUGUGGUUUCUCAACACACGCCCGCGUUUCAGUGGAGCUGACCGUCAAGUGACCAGAGUUUAGGCUCCGAGUCGUCAGGAUGACGCGGAUUUUCUGGGAUACAAUUUUUCUCAUCAGCGGUUCCCUCUUUACCUUUGGAGCAGGGCCAGGCAAUUCAACAAUUAUUGAAGCUCGCAUUUCCAUUGACACAAACUCCACCGCUGCUCCAAACACCCCAACAAACAGCUCUGCAACAAAGAGCAGCGCAAGCACCACAACGAUUGCAACUACGACUGACAUCCCUGCGGUGAAAAAUGCCCUCUCUACCUUUGGAGCAGGGCAGACCAACUCAACAAUUAUAGAUGCUGGCAUUUCCGUCGAUAGCAAUUCCUCUGCAGCUCCAAACACCUCAACGAACAGCUCUGCAACAGUCAGCAGCAGAAGUGCCACUGCCACGACCACUGCAACUACAGCCACUAGCAUCCCGCCAGUUAAAAAGUUUGUGGCUGCUGCUGUUCGGUCUCAUUUUGACGACUGUCCAGACUCCCACCGCCAUUUCUGCUUCCAUGGCACAUGCCGCUUCCUGAUAUUAGAGGAGACGCCUGCGUGUGUGUGUCAUCCGGGCUUUGUCGGGAUGAGGUGUGAGCAUGCAGACCUGCUCGCUGUAGUGGCAACUAAUCACAGGCAACAGACCGUUGCCACAGUGCUGGUGUUGUGUGUCAUUGGGUGCGUUCAUCAUGGUGUUGUGUACACUUUUACAUUGCUGGUGGAGGCAGGACUGUCGCAGGCAGAGCCACGCACAUCACUACGUCCCAGAAAAGCACGGAGCAUCCUGCUGUCCAUCUGAGAGUGUGGUUUGAGAAGACAUCUUGGUGGAACAUGAGCUGUUUGCAUCACAGCCUGUUUAGUUUUCCUCAUCUGUCCGGCCUGCAAACCCUCAGGAUUGCAUCCAAAGCGGAAUUCACAUGUUCUGCUCCAGCAGACCUGGCCAGAGGUGAAGAAGUAUUAUUACCUUCAGUGCGGCUGAGGAACCCGUGGAUGCCCACAGACCGAGAGGCGAGGUAAUCAUUCACAUAAUGAUCCCCAAUAUGAGCUACGCUGGCAGCUGGCACACCACAUUUCUGCAG